CCCCAAAGGGCGGCCCCCUCGGCUGGCCGCAGGGGCCCGGCCUCCGGGGAAGGACCCCCCAAGGUGGGCGCGGCGGGCUAUGGGAUGGAUGAAGCGGAGCAGGACCAGCAUGAGGCCCGUCUCAAGGAGCUGUUCGACAGCUUCGACAGCACGGGGACGGGCUCCCUGGGCCAGGAGGAGCUGACGGAUCUGUGCCACGUGCUCAACCUGGAGGAGGUGGCCCCCGCGCUGCAGCAGACACUGUUCCGGGACAACCUGCUGGGCCGGGUUCACUUUGACCAGUUUAAAGAAGCACUAAUACUCAUUUUAUCCAGGACCUUAUCAAAUGAAGAGCACUUUCAAGAACCAGACUGCUCACCAGAAGCCCAGCCGAAAUACAUCAAAGGGGGAAAACGUUACGGCCGCCGCUCACUUCCCGAAUUCCAGGAAUCUGUGGAAGACUUUGCUGAGGUGACAGUGAUCGAGCCACUCAAUGAAGAAGCCCGGGCUUCCCACAUCCCCUCCAGUGAUCGCCGUGAGCACUGGAAGACCCAGCACAGUGAGGAAUAUGAAGCCGAAGGCCAGUUGCGAUUUUGGAACCCCGAUGACCUAACUGCGGCUCAGAGCGUAUCCCCCCCUGCCCAAGACUGGAUCGAAGAGAAGCUGCGGGAAGUGUGCGAGGACCUGGGCAUCACACGAGACGGCCAUCUGAAUAAGAAGAAGCUCGUCUCCAUCUGCGAACAGUACGGUCUGCAGGCUGUCGACAGGGAGAUGCUUGAGGAUGUUUUCCACAAUCUUGAACCAGAUGGCACGAUGAGUGUGGAAGAUUUUUUUUAUGGCUUGUUCAAGAACGGAAAAGCUCUUACACCAUCAGCCUCCACUCCUUACAGGCAACUGAAACGACACCUUUCCAUGCAGUCCUUCGAUGAAAGUGGAAGGCGCACCACAACCCCAUCAGCAAUGACCAGUACAAUUGGCUUUCGGGUGUUCUCCUGCUUGGACGAUGGAAUGGGUUACGCCUCCGUGGAACGGAUCCUUGACACCUGGCACGAAGAGGGUAUUGAAAACAGCCAGGAGAUCUUAAAGGCCUUGGAUUUCAGCCUCGAUGGAAACGUCAACCUCACAGAACUGACUUUGGCCCUAGAAAAUGAGCUUCUGAUCACCAAGAAUGGCAUUCAUCAGGCAGCUCUGGCCAGCUUCAAGACCGAGAUCAGACACUUGUUGGAGCGAGUCGACCAGGUGGCCAGAGAAAAGGAGAAGUUACGCUUAGAUCUGGAGAAAGCAGAAAGACUCAAGUCUCUGAUGGCCUCUGAGGUGGAUGACCAUCAUGCAGCCAUAGAACGCCGAAAUGAAUACAACCUCAGGAAGCUGGAUGAGGAGUACAAAGAACGCACUGCAGCCCUGAAGAGCGAGCUUCGGAGGGAGAGGGAGCAGAUUCAGCAGCAGGUCAGCAAGCAGCGACUGGAGCUGGAGCAGGAAGUCGAGAAGGUGAAAAUCGAAGAGAACUACAUCCGCGACCGGCUGGCGUUGUCAUUAAAGGAAAACAGUCGCCUAGAGCGUGAACUCAUAGAAAAUGCAGAGAAACUGGCAGAAUAUGAGAGCCUGACAACUAAACUACAACGGAAUCUGGAAAAUGUCCUGACAGAAAAGUUUGGUGGUCUUGACCCCAGUAGUGCAGAGUUCCUUCUGCAAGAAGAGAGAUUGACACAGAUGAAAAAUGAAUAUGAACAGCAGUGCAGGCUUUUACAAGACCAGGUAGAUGAACUCCAGUCUGAGCUGGAAGAGUAUCGUGCUCAAGGCAAAGUGUUUAGGCUUCCAGUGAACAACUCUCUGGCCGACGAACUUGAUAUUCAAAGAGGAGUGAUGGAGCCUGACCGAGGACUUGGUUCUGAAGAUUGUAAUCCUUUGAACAUGAGCAUAGAAGCAGAGCUGGUCAUUGAGCAAAUGAAAGAGCAGCACCGAAGGGAUUUGCACAACUUGAAACAGGAACUUGAGGAUCAGGUCAGCCAGUAUGAGAAGCAGAUAGAUGCCACCAAGACUACCUGCGAGAGAGAGCAAGAGCUGGUGAAGCAACAGUGUGAGGACAGAGUGCACUCUGUGGAAAAGCAAUUAAGUGGCCUUAAAAACGAAAUUGCCAAGCUUCAGGGCGAGGCAGUGGUUCUAAAGGAGGAGCAGCAGAGAGCCGACUGCAGGCAUGCAGAUGAGAAAAACCAGCUCCGGAUGAGGUUCGAUGAGGAGAAGGCAAGUCUCCAGGAACUCCUGAAUCUCGAACAUGAGGUGACCCUCAAAUCCAGGCUGGAGGAGCUGGAGGAAGGGUUCAACCGGGAGCGGGAGGGGCUCAUACAGAGUGGGGUCUGGGCAGAAGAGAAGAUGAGGAGCUUAGUUCAAGCAGUGGAAGGGGAGAAACGUGAACUGGAACAGCUUUACCACGAGCAACUGCAAAGCCUGGCCGAGAAGCAUCUUCUUGAGAAGGAGGAGCUCCAGAGAGAGCUCCAGGAGAAGCACCAAAGCCAACUCCAGGAGGAAAGGAGAAAAAUGGAAACUGAGCAUAGUAGAAGAACCUCAGUGAUAGAAGCUCAGUUUCUGGCUAAUUGCCAAAGGGUCACCAGCAAGCAUGAAGAGGUCUUGAGCCAACUGAAGGAAUGCCACCGGCAGGAGCUGAAAGAUCUCACGGAACAGCAUUUCGAGGAGAAAUCCCGGUGGGAAUUUGAAAAGGAAGAAAUCACCCGAAAGAGGGCCGAAGCACUGGAACAUCUUAAAGAGACCCUGGAGCGGGAGAAAGCAACAUCUCUGGUCCUGACCCAAGAGAAGGAGCUGCUGGAGAAGAAGUAUAAAGAAAGUUUGAACAGCUUGUUUGUGGAGAAGGAACAGGUUCAGAAAGAGGUGGAGGAGCUAAGGAGCAUGGCCGAGAGGCAGAGGAGCCAGCUGUCCAACGAAAUACUCGAGCUGCAGAACAGUCAUGUGCGUGAGUUGAAGGACAGAGAGCAGAUCAUGUCUGAGAUAGAGGGCACGGGGAAGCGAGCUUGCCAAAGGCUCAAAGAGCUGCAGGUGGAGUAUGAACGGGAGAGGCAAGAAAUGACUUCCAAGCUUCUGGCACUGGAGGAUGUCAACAAAGAGGCCCUUGAGAAGAUGGGCCGAGAGAAGACUGAGAUGAGUUUAGAAAUCUCCAGGCUUCAGGGUAAGAUAAAGGAGUUGCAGGAGGAAACUCGGUCUCUCCCUAGGUUUCCUGGCAGCUUCCGAGGCCCAGAAACAGAGGCAGCAGAAACGAAGGGCAAGGUGAUGCCACUUCAGCGAGGGCCACGGUUGUUAGAAGAGAAUGGAGAUGUUCUGAGGAGCUUGCAGAGGGCGCAUGAGAGGGCGGUGAAGGAAAAUGUGAAAAUGUCUGCCGAAAUCAUCAAGUUGGAACAGAGGUUGCAGAAACUGGAGCCAGGGACAGUGAGCCGGUCGUAUUUAGACCAAGCCAACGCCGAUUUGUUCAGAAGCCCGGCAGAACAAAGAGACCCUUCUCCUUUGCGGAACUUGGACGAACCAGCGGGCGGAAUUAGUCCUGGAGCAGGUCCAUUCUCGGAUGAGAGCCUUCAGGAUGGGGAGAGGAGGAAAACAAAAAGUUUCGAUGGAAAACCGGAAGAGUCCGAAGGGAUGGUGGAGACUUGUUCCGAGUUCGAGACCAGUGAAGAAACCGGGGCCACGAGUGGCGAGCUCAAGAGCCAGAUCUGUCAGCUUCGGGAGAAGGUGAGGAUAUUGCACGCGAAAUGUGACCGGACUUCUGAGGAGAAGCAGGACCUCGUUUUUGAAGUCUCCUUGCUAAAAAAGAAGCUGAAGGUGCUCGAAAAAAACCCCGACGCCACCCCCAAGUACAAAACGUUAUACGAAGAUGCUAAUCGAGAAAACGCCUGCCUCCAAGAAGAGCUGCUUGAACUUGAAACUCAGUACGACCAAGCAAUUGAAAAUAACAACGAGCUCACCCUGGAAGUGUUGAGGCUUCAGGCUGAGCUCAAGAAAGUUGAGGAAGCCUACAGCGCCUUCUCAAGACUUGAAAGGAGCUAUGAAGAGGCUGAGAGAGAGAAAGCAGAGCUGAAGAACCUCAUGCCACGACUUCAGGAAAAUAUUGAGGAACUGCAGGAAAAAUCAGGAAAACGCUCUGAAUGUUCAGCACCCCAGGCGACCCCCUUGGAAAAUCAGGACUCGAAACUGGAGAAGAAGCCGCUCGUACGGUUGCAAAAGUUGGUGAGAGAACGACAGGAGACUGGUCAGCCCCUGGAAGAACUCGAGGCUCUCGAAGAGGCCCAGGCUCAGGAAAAGAUCCUGGGCCACGCUGGAAAGUCCAAGGGACCGACCCAAGUGAAGGCCUUAGAGGAAAAUGCGGCGGCGCUCUUACACCUUCGAGAGAAAAACUGCCAGUGCCAGAGCACGAUAUCAGAGCUAGAACUGGAAAAGAGGAAACUCCGAGAGCUGACCAGAAAGUUGAGAGAGAGAGUCACUUCUUUAGCUAAGCAAAAAGAUGGGCCUUCCCAAGGAGACAAAGAGGAUGAGCUGAAAUCAGUGAUGUUUGGCUUACAAAGCACAUGCAGUGAGAUGCAGCAAAAAGUUGAACUUCUGAGAUUUGAGUCUGAGAAGCUUCAGGAAGAAAAUUCUAUUUUAAGAAAUGAAAUUACCUCGUUAAAUGAGGACGGUAGCAUUUCCAACCUGAAAUUAAGGGAAUUAAGUGGAUCGCGAGAAGAAAUGUGGGAGAAAAUCGAAAUGGUAAGAAAAGAAAAAGUAGCAGUGCAGAAGAUGGUUGAAAACUUAAAGAAGCAGGUAUCCGAACUGAAAACCAAAAACCAACAGCUGGAGUUGGAAAAUGCUGACCUAAGCCAAAAGAAUUCCCAGAACCAGGCAGAAAUACAAGAUCUUACUCAGCGUUUGGCUAAAUUCCUGUGGCAGAAAGAAAAGGAGCCAGGAAAGAGCUCCCUCGAAGACUGGGAAAAGGACAGAUCAAAGCUGAAGGAGGAGCUAGAGGAAUGUAAAGUGAAGUCAUCUGCUUUAGUGUCAUCUUUGGAGACGGAACUGUCGAAACUAAAACUUCAGAUCCACGUAGUGGAACAAGAGAACCUCCUUCUCAAAGAGGAACUAGACAAAAUGAAACAGCUACCCAAAGGUCCAGAUCUGUCUGACUUUCAGAAUAAAAUUUCUAGUGUAAUGAGUUAUAAUGAAAAGCUGCUGAAAGAAAAAGAAGCUUUGAGUGAAGAACUAAACCGAUGUGUUGAUAAGGUAGCAAAAUUGAACGUUUUAGAGAACAGAGUUGUAAGUAUGAAGCAGGAGCAGAAAACAUGGGAACAGCAGAGUGAGACGCUAAAAUUGCAGCUUGCAGCUUCUCAAGAAAAGGCCCAGAGUUUAGAUGACUCUCUGAAGAACGUCAAUCUGCAGAUGUCCCGGGUGAAGUCAGACUUACGAGUGAGCCAACAGGAGAGAGAAGCUCUUAAGAAGGAAGUGGUGUCACUAAGCAAGCAACUACAGAACGCCAGUGACAAGAACCAAGGUGUAGAACUGGCCAUGGCUUCUUUGGGAGUCCAAACCCAGCAGAAGUUGCUGUCCUGGGAAGAUCUGGAUCAGCUCAUUAAACAAGAGCAGCAGUUACUGAUUCACGAGAAUGAACGGCUCCAGAGUGUAGUACAGAACACCGAGGCAGAGCUAACCCAUUCCCGGGAGAAGGUCCGUCAACUGGAAUCAACCAUCCUUUCCCCCAAGCACCAGAAAAAUCAGAAUUCAUCAGGCUCUGUGAAGACUGUAGAGCAAGAGAAGUUGAGCUUGAAAAGAGAGUGUGAACAGUUUCAGAAAGAGCGGUCUCCUGUUCACAGAAAGGUCAAUCAGGUGAAUGCCCUUGAACAUGAAUUGGAAACCAUUCAUUUGGAAAAUGAAGGUCUAAAGAAGAAGCAAGUGAAACUGGAUGAGCAGCUGGUGGAGAUGCAACACUCGAGGUCCGGUGUGACGCUUAGCCCGCCCCAGACGUGUCGGGAACCGCAGCCGCUCCAGCCCCCGGCCUGCCCGACGGUGCUCAGGGAGCAGUUUCUGCAGCUUCAGCAGCAGCUGGCGCAGGCAGAGAGGAGGAAUCAGCGCCUGCAAGAGGAACUUGAAAACAGGACCCCCGAAGCCAACACGCCACAGGGGAGCCAGCAGCAGCUAGUGAAGGACAUGGAGGAACGCAUGCUUGAAGUUGAACAGAAAUUAAAACUAGUGAAAAGACUUCUUCAGGAGAAAGUGAAUCAACUAAAAGAACAACUUUCCAAGAACACUAAAGCAGAUGAAAUGGUGAAGGAUCUUUAUGUUGAAAAUGCCCAGCUGUUGAAAGCCUUGGAAAUGACCGAGCAGCGGCAGAAAACAGCGGAGAAAAAAAACUACCUUCUGGAGGAAAAGAUCGCGAGUCUCAGUAAUAUCGUCAGGAACCUGACGCCGACCCCCCUAACUCCCAGCCUCCCCGUGAGGACAUAACUGAGCCAAAGGAUGCGCACGAGCCAUGCACUUUGAGAUGCUAGCAUUUCAGCAUUUGUCUGUCUUUCCUCCUCUGUGUUUUGGACAUGGGUGCUAACUUUUCACUUUGACCACGGGGGUGGAACGGGGGCUGAGAUUUUGCGGGGAAGGGAAAAGGGUGGGAUGCACAAAGACUGUGAGGGGGACAGGUUUCGAGGACAUAGUAGUCCAGAAAAGCCAAUUAUAUUGGGUCCUUUAAGCCCUGAGUGACACCUCUCUGAUCUUGCUAGAGGCCUGGCACGAGUGAUUCAGGGUCUGCAGCUCAGACUGUCGAGGGAUCAUCUACGACUCUUGGACCCUUUUAAGAGUCUUUUAAGUGAAAGUUGUUGGAAAUAAACUCCAACGUCACGCUUCCGGGAACAGAUUUUAGCGUCCCCCUUGAAGUGGGCUGUUUUAACCUGUUUUAGAUAAGCAGACCUCUUUGGGAACUGUGGGGAAAAAAAGUGUUUUUCUAUGUAAUUUAAUUUAUGUCUAAACUCUGAAUCCACUGAAAAGAAUUACUGUGGAAUAUUGGGUUUGUAUAAACUGUAGCCAAAUCUAGACUCUUCCCCACCCUAGUCUUUUAUAGUAAAGAUUCUUUUAAUAUGUGCCAAUUAGUGUUUCUCUCAGUCAUGUAUUUUGUUUUAGGUAUUGAAAUCUGUUCAUGGAUAGGAGUGAUUUCUUAUUUAUUGGAAAACAGAACUUCAUCUGUUUCCUGUACCUGUAAAUUGUAAACUAACUGUAUAUUUUCCACCUACUUAUUCACUUAGUGUUAUUCUUUUUAAUAGAGUUUCCUGGAAAAAGUGAGUACCUAGGAUACUGUCUACAAACUCUCCUGUCAAAUAUUACGACUUUAGAAAUGCCACAUCUGGUAACAGUACAACUAAGUCAUAAAAUUUAAGUCAUUUCGGUAGUAAUAGUACUUAUUACACACUUGCUGUGUGCAGGGCACUGUACUAAGCGCUGGAUGAGAGCACGUAGAUGGGAGCUCAGAGUAAAAACAAGGCUCACAAUCUAAAAUUUUCAAAUGCAGUAGUACAUUUUACUUUUUACGAAUGAAGUCUCAUUUCUUUUCUCCCGUCAAUCGGUGAUAUUUAUUGAGCACUUAUUGUGUGCAGAACACUGUACUGAGUGAUUUGGAGAGUACAAAGCAAUAGAAUUGGUAGGCAACAUCCCUACCCCCAUGGAGCUAACAGGAAGGAAGAGGGAAUUGUUUUUAUUUAGCUAAAACCACUUCUUGAAUCAUUGAAAGCUAUAAGCACAGCACUGAAAUUAAUCACUGGGCUAAAGCACUACUCUUGAAUGUUAGGUAAGACUUCUUUUUCUCCGUCUCCAGGGUCAGAGCCUUUCUAAACUGGACCAUCCUCAGAAACUCAGGGAGCGAUUCCUUUAACUGAUUUCCUAAAAUUACCACCUGCCAGAUUUUUUCAUUUUUGUUACUCCCAAGAAAGUAAUUCCUCCUCACAAAUGUUAAAUGUACAAAUAGAAUUGCAAUGUAUAUAAAAUCUAAUUAGCCUAUUUAUUUGUGGGGUGUAUGGGUGUAUGAAUGUGCGUAUGUCUGCGGUGCUCUGAGAGAAUUUUUGUUUUUCCAUUUCAGUGAAUUUUUAAGUGCUCCCAAAGAGCCUUACUUCAGUCACCUUGGGGAGGGAAGACCGCGUAUACCCAUGGAGCAGAAAUAAUCCCGAUUUAUUGAGCACCAGCUGUUCUAAACAGCUAGGGCAGGCCAAACUAUACAGCAUCCUAAUGUGCCUCAGAUCUGAUCAGAUGAUGCUCGGGGUGGAAAAGAGGAACCAUUUAGUUUCUCUGCUGCAAGCUGGUCCCUUUGAAACAAAGGAAUGCCAAGUAGGAACUGUUUUUAUAGGAUGACAUAUGUUAGACUCCUCAAAUUGGGUCUGCAGGAUGUCUCAGUGAUGAGACGCAAAUUCUUUCAGGUACUGUGUGAACUGCCAAUAUGUUCUCUUUUUAUGUGUUUUGAACUCUUCCAAAUAUUCUAAUUGUUUUUGUAGGGGUGCCAUUGGGCUGGGAGAAAUAAUCAGUUUUAUAUAGACCAGAGAAGGGAAUUGCCAACCAUCUGUUACUCCGUGGGCUACCUGUAGGAUAAAUGCAGCAACUGCUUGGAAAGUCAUAUUGAAGCAGUAGAGCCGCUAUCUAUUAAACACACGGAUUUGCAUUUGUGCAUAGUUCACUGGAUGUCUUAAAACCGAAAAUGAAAAUAAGAACAGAACAUGGUUGGUGUGAGUCCGUGGGAAUCACGGUAGUUGUAACUCUCACUUUGAGACCGAGCCUAAUAUAGACACAAAGAAAGUAUUGUUGCUUACCCAGGUUUCACCUAGAAAAUCGUAGGAUAACUAUUCGCUCCGUUCCCCACUAAAAUACUGCUAAACUGCAGGUAAUGAAAAUGAAAUCUCAGUAGAAUCUGGACUGGUAGUUCCUCUUCAGCUUUAUAUUGCCAAUUGGAGUAAAGCAAAAACCUCAACGUGGUUAAUGUUAUUAAAACAGUAAAAUGCACUUGAGCUAAAUUAUUCAUUGUUGAAUUAUUUUCCACAGGUUUGUGACGAGAGAUUGACUGGCUUUAAAAAUUGGUGUUUUUAAACAGUUUCUGGAGUGGAGCAAAUUUCAUUUCAUUCAUUUUGAAACCUGGUUUUUGUUUACAGGCUUUUGUGUGGCGGCUGUGAAAUAUUCACAGGGUAAUAGCUGUGGUUACAAGCAUGGCAUAUCCAUAAUUUGUUAAAAGUACAAGCUGUCAGUUUCCCUUUUGAGAACCAAAGAUUUUUUUUUCUUAAAGCCUUAGGGGUUAAUAAUCUUCACUUUUCAUAACAUUUAAAUAUAGCAUCCAGUGGUAUAUGUAGUCUGAUCUAACUGGAAAGUCGUUCUUUGUAUAACUGUUUAAUCUAACAUCACAGCUUCUUGGGUAAAAGAAAUCAAGCUUCAGUUUUAAGAGACCAACGUACUCAACUGAAUAAAACUAAAACUGAGGCCCAUGAAACUUUCUUUCCUCAAAGCAAGUUGGACAGUCAGGGAUUGGCCUAAAUUUGCUGUUUUUUUGUUUUUGUUUUUGUCUUUAGCAUGAAAGGCAGAGGGUUGGCCUGAUUGCUCUCUAGCAGGAUGGUGAUGGUUAAUAGUAUUUAUUACGUGUAGACUGUGUGCCAAACACUGGACUAAGGGCUUGGGAGAACACAAUUAAGAGAUUCAAUCCUUA